UGUCUUUGUUUCUGGGCAGCACACACUGUACCAGAGCUGGCACCGUAGCUGGGAUGAGGGGCAUGGCGGUGAUAAGAUUCUGAGUAGCGGGCUAAAUGUAGAAGCUAAAAAUGAUAAGAGGCACUCGAUCAACAUGAGUCAGAGAAGACAUUCAGCCAUCGCAGGAGGCUAGACGAGGCAGUGCAGACGCUCACAGGUUUUACUGAAUAUAUAGAGAAACGAGAGGCGAACACGACAUUACAGAAACUGAGUGUCGAAGAAGCUCAAAGUGUGACAGCAAAGAAGGUUUAAAGGACCUGGAGUGGAGGAGUGAAGUGCUGGAACAAAGUGACAAAACUGAGUGAUCACUACAUCGGAGAAGGUUAAUAAGAGGCAGUGAGUAAAACCUGAAAGACCGACAUACGCAGAGGAAGCCAAGAGCACAGCAUGGAAAAUCAGCCACAGGUUGAAGUUCAACAUGAACUCUUUUUUCCCUCAGAGCUGGCCGAGGUGGAGAAUGAGGAGGCUUCAGCUGCAGAGACAAAAAAGGUGGUGACAGUGGAGGAAAAUGAAGAGGAGUCCACAGUAACAUCAGCGACCACUGUGGGCACGGUUGCUUAUACAACUGCUGAAGGUCUGCAUGAAGAGGCUGAAAGUCAUAAUACAGCAGAGGAAGUGGAGGAGGAAGAUGAUGAUGCAAAGGUGGAGGCAGGUGGAAAGGAAAAGGAUGAAGAUGAGGAUACAAAAGCAAAGAGGUUGCUGGUGUCGUGGGAGUCAGAGGCCUCGUCUGACGGGAAGCCUCCGCUGCCAGACCCGGCGUUUAACAGGAGGUGCAGCCUGCUCGCCAGUGACGUCAGAUAUAAAGAAGACUUCGAGAAGAUGAAGGGACAGAGUCUGUUUGUUCCCGGAGCCGAACUCAUCCACGCCAAGAACAUCAGCGCUGUGAUCUCUGAGUCUAAGUAUAAGGAGGAGGGGAAGAAGGAGGCGGCUGUUUCGCUGUACUCCAUCCUGCCGGAGACUCCCGAGACGCAACACGCCAGAGAGGCUUCAGAGCUGCAGAGCGAGAUUAAAUACAAAGGAAACGUGAAGACAAAGAUUUCCUCGUCCCUUUAUUCUCUGCUGCCAGAAACCACAGAGACCCAGUUUGUCAAAGAGCUGUCUGAGAUACUGAGCGAGAACAAGUACAAGGAGGAGGGAAAGAAGGAGAUGAGCAGCAGUUUGUACUCUCAGCUUCCCGAAACCACCGAGAUGCAGCUCGCCAAGACCGUCCACGAGUUCCAGAGCGAGAAAAAGUACAAAGAAGACGGGAAGAGGAAGGCCUCCAUCUCCAUCUACUCCCAGCUCGCUGAUACUCCAGAAAUACAGCACGCUCUGGAGGUGUCACAGCUGCAGAGUGAGGUGAAUUAUCGCCCUAAGACGAUGGUUAGAGGAGCUCCCGCCUCUCUCUACUCGCAGCUGCCCGACACCACAGAGAUCCAGUUUGCCAGAGAGAUGACUGAGAUGCACAGCGAGAGUAAGUACAAAGAGGGCGGCAGGAGGAGCCUCUCCCAGAGUUUCUACUCUCAGCUCCCAGAAACCGCCGAGACCCAGUUUGCUAAAACAGUUGCUGAGCUGCAGAGCGAGAGGCGCUACAAGGAGUCGGGGAAGAAGGGCGUGAACUCGUCUCUGUACGCUCUGCUCCCGGAAACGCUGGAGACGGCUCGCGCCAGGGAGGUGUCGGAGCUGUGCAGUGAGGUGAAGUAUAAAGAAGACGGUAAAAAGGAGAUGAACAUCAGCCUGUACUCUCUGCUGCCCGAGACCAUCGACACCCAGCACGCCAAGCAGGUGUCAGACCUGCAGAGUGAGGUGAAAUAUAAAGAAGGUCUGAAGCAGAAGAUUCAGAGCAGUUUGUACCAUCGGCUCCCAGAGACCACAGAGACACAGCUGGCCAAACAGCUGUCUGAGCUGCAGAGUGAGGUGAAAUAUAAAGAAGAUGGAAGGAAGAAGGCGAGCGAAUGCCUGUAUUCUCUGCUGCCUGAAACUCUGGAGACACAACACGCUAAAGAGGCCGCAGAGCUGCUCAGUGAGAUUAAAUAUAAGGAGGGCGGGAAGAAGGAGAUGUCCAGCUCGCUGUACUCCACUCUGCCCGCCACUUCAGAAACCAGCUUCGCCAGAGAGAUGAGCGACAUGCUGAGCGAGAUUAAAUACAAAGAGAGCGGGAUGAAGAGCCUGUCUAAGAGUGCCUACAGUCAGCUACCAGAGACCGCCGAGAUGCAGUUUGCCAAAAAUGUUGCUGCGCUGCAGAGCGAGAUGAAGUACAAAAAGGGGAAGAAAGACGUGUCGAGCUCUCUGUACUCCACCCUGCCGCAGACUCUGGAGACGCUGCACGCCAAAGAAGCCUCUGAAGUGCGGAGCGAGCUGAACUACAAGGCCGACCAGAAGAAAACUCUUUCCUGCAGCCUCUUCCACCUCCUGCCAGAGACGUUAGAGACGGCUCACGCUAAGGAAGUCUCCGAGCUGCUCAGUGAGGUGAAAUAUAAAGAAGACGGUAAGAAGGAGAUGAACAUCAACCUGUACUCUCUGCUGCCCGAGACCAUCGACACACAGCACGCCAAAGAGGUGUCGAACCUGCAGAGUGAGGUGAAAUAUAAAGAAGGUCUGAAGCAGAAGAUUCAGAGCAGUUUGUACCAUCGGCUCCCAGAGACCACAGAGACACAGCUGGCCAAACAGCUGUCUGAGCUGCAGAGUGAGACCAAGUACAAGGAGGCUGGUAAAAAGGAGGCGAACGCCUGCCUGUACUCCCUCCUGCCUCACACCAUGGACACGCAGCACGCGAAAGAAGCUGCAGAGCUGCUGAGUGAGGUAAAAUACAAAGAGAGCGGGAAGAAGGAGAUGUCCAGCUCGCUGUACGCCACUCUACCCGACACUUCAGAAACCAGCUUUGCCAGAGAGAUGAGCGACGUGCUGAGCGAGAACAAGUACAAGGAGGCUAUGAAGAGAAACCUCUCUCAAAGUUUUUACUCACAGCUCCCAGAAACCAUUGAGACUCAGUUUGCAAAAACAGUUUCUGGGCUGCAGAGCGAGAUGAAGUACAAAGAAGCAGGAAAGAAGGGCGUGUCAAGCACCCUCUAUUCAACUCUACCUGAGACUCUGGAGACGCAGCACGCUAAAGAGGCUUCUGAGCUGCAGAGUCAGCUGAAGUACAAGCAGCCUUUAAAGAAAGAUGGGCCCAGCCUUUACCACCUGAUGCCAGAAACCAACGACACACAGUUUGUUCGUCAGCAGACAGAGAUGCUGAGUGAGGUCAAGUACAAAGAAGAUAUGAAAGAGAUGAGUUUCAACUUGUACUCUCUGCUCCCCGACACCCUCGACACCCAGCACGCUAAAGAGCUGACGGAGAUGCAGAGCGAGGCAAAAUACAAAAAGGCCAGUAAGAAGGACACAUCGACAUCUCUGUACCACCGACUACCUGAAACUCUGGAGACACAGCACGCUAAAGAGGCUUCCCAGCUACAGAGUCAGGUCUCAUAUAAAGACGCUGUGAAGAAGUACUUGUCAUGUCCAGUUUACCACCUGCUCCCUGAUACUCUGGAGACCCAGUUUGCCCGAGAGGUCACCGACCUGCAAAGCCAAAAAAAGUACAAGGAGGGGAUGAAGAGCAUGUCUCAGAGUUUCUACUCUCAGCUGCCUGAAACCGCUGAGACAAAGUUUGCUAAAACGGUGUCUGAGCUGCAGAGCGAGACAAAGUAUAAGAAGUCAGGGAGGCAGGAGACCGGCAGCAGUUUGUACUCUGUGAUGCCUGAAACUCUGCAAACUCAACACGCCAAGCAGGCCUCACAGAUACAGAGCCAGGUGAAGUACAAAGAGGACGGGCAGAAGGAGCUGUCGUCCACUUUGUUCUCCAGCCUUCCUCAAACCCUCCAGACUGAGCUGGCCAAAGACGUGACGGAGCUGCAGAGUCAGGUGAAAUACAAGGAGGGCUGUAAGAAGGAAAUGUCCUCCUCACUCUUCCACCUCAUGCCUGAAACACCAGAGAUGCAGUUUGCCAAGCAGAUGUCGGAGAUCCAGAGCGUGGCAAAGUACAAACAGGACAAAGAGGAUCUGCCCAACACUUUGUACUCGCUCCUGCCCGAAACUCUGGAGACUCAGUUUGUUAAAGAGAUGGCUGAGACACACAGCGAGGUGAAGUACAAGCAGGCAGGUAAGCAGCACGCGGCGUCGUCUCUUUACUCCAAACUGCCCGAAACUCUGGAGACCAAACGCGUCAAAGAAGUGACUGAACUGCAGAGUGAAAAAAAGUACAAAGAUGAAGGGAGGAAGGAGAUGAUGUCGCCUCUGUACGCUCAGCUGCCUGAAACCACAGAGACCCACUUUGCCCGGGAGAUGAGUGAAAUACUGAGCGAGAACAAAUAUAAGGAAAGUGGGAAGAAGAGCCAGAGUGUCAGUGUGUAUUCACAGCUGCCACAGACCAACGAAAUCCAGUUUGCCAAAGCUGUAUCUGAAAUACAGAGUGAGAGCAAAUAUAAAGAAGCAGGGAAGAAGGAAGCAUCCAGCUCUCUGUACUCGAAGCUGCCCGAGACUCUGGAGACUCAGCACGCCAAAGAGGUGGCACAGCUGCAGAGUCAGGUGAAGUAUAAACAGGACGAUAAGAAGGAGGUGAGCAGCUCUCUGUAUCAUCAGCUACCUGCAACCACAGAGACACAGCUGGCCAAAGAGCUGAGAGACAUCUGCAGUGAGGUGAAGUACAAAGAGGAGGGUAAGAAGGAGAUCAGUAAGAACUUGUACUCGCUGCUCCCAGAGACGGCAGAGACACAGUUCGCCAAACAGAUGUCAGAAAUACAGAGUGAGGCAAACUACAAGAAGGACAAAGAGGAUCUGCCCAACACUUUGUACUCGCUGCUGCCUGAAACUCUGCAGACUCAGUUUGUUAAAGAGAUGGCUGAGACGCACAGCGAGGUGAAGUACAAGCAGGCAGGUAAGCAGCACGCGGCGUCGUCUCUUUACUCCAAACUGCCCGAAACUCUGGAGACCAAACGCGUCAAAGAAGUGACUGAACUGCAGAGUGAAAAAAAGUACAAAGAUGAAGGGAGGAAGGAGAUGAUGUCGCCUCUGUACGCUCAGCUCCCUGAAACCACAGAGACCCACUUUGCCCGGGAGAUGAGUGAAAUACUGAGCGAGAACAAAUAUAAGGAAAGUGGGAAGAAGAGCCAGAGUGUCAGUGUGUAUUCACAGCUGCCACAGACCAACGAAAUCCAGUUUGCCAAAGCUGUAUCUGAAAUACAGAGUGAGAGCAAAUAUAAAGAAGCAGGGAAGAAGGAAGCAUCCAGCUCUCUGUACUCGAAGCUGCCCGAGACUCUGGAGACUCAGCACGCCAAAGAGGUGGCACAGCUGCAGAGUCAGGUGAAGUAUAAACAGGACGGUAAGAAGGAGGUGAGCAGCUCUCUGUAUCAUCAGCUACCUGCAACCACAGAGACACAGCUGGCCAAAGAGCUGAGAGACAUCUGCAGUGAGGUGAAGUACAAAGAGGAGGGUAAGAAGGAGAUCAGUAAGAACUUGUACUCGCUGCUCCCAGAGACGGCAGAGACACAGUUCGCCAAACAGAUGUCAGAAAUACAGAGUGAGGCAAACUACAAGAAGGACAAAGAGGAUCUGCCCAACACUUUGUACUCGCUGCUGCCUGAAACUCUGCAGACUCAGUUUGUUAAAGAGAUGGCUGAGACGCACAGCGAGGUUAAAUACAAAGAAGCAGGGAAGAAGGAGGCCAGCAGCUCUCUGUAUCACCAGCUCCCUGAGACUCUGGAGACGCAGCACGUUAAAGAGGUUACUGAGCUGCAGAGCGAGAACAAGUACAAGCAGAGCGGGAAGAAGGCGAUGUCGUCCAGUUUGUACUCUCAGCUGCCGCAGACGGCCGAAACGCAGCUCGCCGCCAAGAUGUCCGACAUGCAGAGUGAAUGUAAAUACAAGGAGAACGGCAUCAAGAGCCUCUCUCAGAGUCUCUACUCGCAUCUACCAGAAACAGCCGAGACUCAGUUAGCACGAACUGUGUCUGAGCUGCAGAGUGAGGCCAAGUACAAGGAGGCGAGCAAAAAGGAGGCGACCAGCUGUCUGUACCAUCAGCUGCCUGAAACACUGGAGACUCAGCAUGCUAAAGAGGCUACUGAGCUACAAAGUCAGGUGAAAUACAGGGAAGGUAAGAAGGAGCUGAGCACCAACCUGUACUCACUGCUGCCUGAGACAGAGGAGAUCAAGUUUGCUAAAGCAGUGACGGAGCUUCAGAGUGAGAAUAAAUACAAGCAGAAAGGCAGACAGGACAUCGGCAGCAGUGUUUUCCAUCAGAUGCCGGAGACCAAAGAGAUGGAGUUUGUUAAGCACAUCUCAGAACUUCAGAGUGAGUCAAAAUACAAGAAGGACAAAGAGGAUCUGCCCAACACUUUGUACUCGCUGCUGCCUGAAACUCUGGAGACUCAGUUUGUUAAAGAGAUGGCUGAGACACACAGCGAGAAUAAAUACAAAGAGGCGGGUAAGAAGGAGAUGGUGAAGUGUCUGUACUCUCUGCUGCCCGAGACCAAAGAAACUCAGCAUGCCAAGGAGCAGAGCCAGCUGCACAGCGAGAAAGCUUACAGGGAGGAGAGCAAGAAAGAAGCCGGCUGUAGUCUCUAUGCCCAGAUGCCCCAAACCAUCGAGACCGUGUUUGCCAAAGAGCUGAGCAAGACACAGAGCGAUAAGCUCUACAAGGAGAAAUAUAAUCGGGAGAAGGGGAAGUCCAGCUACACCAACAUGAAGACGCUUCCUGAGGUGGAGCACGCCAUGGAGGUCAACAAGAAGCAGAGUGAAGUCAGCUACAGGAAAGGUAAAGAGGAGCUUCAUCACUACAACACCAUCCCAGACAGACCUGACAUCGUGAACGCCACCAACGCAGCUAAACUGGCCAGCGAUGUGACCUAUAAGAGUAAUACUAAGCAGCCCGUCUACAGUGACGAGUCUCUUCUGGCCAGAACCGACAUCCAGCACGCCAAAGAGGUCUCAAAACUGGCCAGCCAGGUGAAGUAUAAGGAGAGCUUUGACAGACAGUUAAAGGGGCAGAAACCUCAAUACAACCCGCUGGACUGUGUUUCCUUCAAACAAACGCAGGCUGCUGCUGCUCUGGCCAGUCAGGUGAAAUAUAAAACCAACCAGAACCAGAAACCAGACGGUUCUUCCGACCUCCCGAACCUCCUGCAGCUGGAGCACGCCCUGCACGCCACCAAGCUUCAGAGCAAUGUAGAGUAUAAGAAGAAGUACGAGCAGACGAAGGCUCAUUACCACACAGCUCUGCACACGGCUGAACAGCUCCACCACAAGGAGAACGCAGUGCUGCACAGCCAGGUCAAGUACAGAGAGGAGUAUGAGAAGAACAAAGGUCGCUCCCUGAUGGAGUUCGGAGACACUCAGACCUACAAGGUGUCCAAGGAAGCACAGAAGAUGCAAAGCGAGAAGGAAUAUCGGAAGGACUAUGAGGAGCAGAUGAAGGGCAAAGCCUUGGUGGACAUCGACCAGACGCCUGGAUACCUGACAGCGCGCCAUGCUAGCAGCCUGCUGAGCGAGAAAGAGUACAAGAGGGACCUGGAGCAGGAGGUGAAGGGGCGGGGCUUAUCUGGUGUUGGUCUUGAAGAGACACCUGAGCUGCUGAGGGUCAGAAAAGCCAAUCAGAUACUGAACCAGAAGGAGUACCGCAAAGAUCUGGAGAGGGAGAUUGUGGGGAAAGGCAUGGAGCUGAGUGCUGAUGUGCUGGAGAUGCAAAGAGCCAAGAGAGCCUCACAGAUCCAGAGCCAGAAGUCGUACAAGCAGACGGAGCAGCUCAGAGAACACUCAUACGGGUCGGUUACAGACACUCCUGAGCUGCUGCACGCCUCCUACCUCAAAGACGUCUACAGCCAGAAGAAGUAUAAAGACGAGGCGGAGCGACUGAAGGGACGCUACAGUCUGGUUUCUGAGACCCCCGAGAUGGAGAGGGUCAAAGCCAACCAGAGACACAUCAGCUCUCUGCGAUACUGCUGGGACUCAAAGAUGAUGAGAAACCUGACGUCAUCGGUCACAGAGACGCCAGAGAUCGUCCUCGCCAGAGAGAACGCCAAGAAGAUCAGUGACGUCCGGUACAGGGAGGAGGUGGGUUGUGGCACCGCAGUCAUGGACACACCUGAGAUGGAGCGAGUCCGACGUAACCAGGAGAACAUCAGCUCAGUCAAAUACAAGCAGAGUGCAGUGAAGGCCACCAGCGUUGGAGUGACUCCAGAGCUGGAGAGAGUCAAGCAAAACCAGGAGAACAUCAGCUCGGUGAAGUACCAGCGCGGGCUGCAGGAGGUGAGGGGGCGGAGCUGCAAUGAGCUGGACACACCUGAGUACAGACGUGUCAGGAAGACACAGGACUCGGUCUCCAUGGCAAAGUACCACGAGGACUUUGAGCGGGCGCGCGGUCGAGGCUUCACGCCGGGGUUGGACGAUCCCAGCAUGGAGCGCUACCAGAGAGCCAAUCAGAUGAUGGGAGAGGCAGGCUACAACAAAGGCAUGCACCACCAGGUGACAGAGAUGGACAGACGACCAGGAGGCAUCAUCGUAGACCUGAAGGUGUGGAGGGCAGACCCAGGCUCCAUCUUUGACUUUGACCCUCUUGAGGACAACAUUCAGUCCAAAAGCCUCCGCAGGAUGUCUGAGCGAGCUGACCGCAGGCUGAGCAGGCAGCACUCCCAGCAGUCGCUCACCCUCAGCCAGGCUCAGUCUGUCAGCUCGCUGACCUCUGACCUCUGGGACCGCAGCAGCGCUGAAACUCCGGCUCCUGUGCUCCCUGGAGCGUACCAUCAGGGCGUCCAGAUGCAGCAGCAGCAGCAGUAUCACGGCUACAUGCAUCAGACCAGCAUGUCAUCUGUCAGAUCUGUCACCUCUCCUCCACACUCAGGCACCAUGCGUGUUUACCGUGCGCUGUAUGACUACGUGGCUCAAGAUCACGAUGAGGUCUCAUUCAGGGACGGCGACGUCAUCAUCAACGCUCAGCCCAUCGACGAGGGCUGGAUGUACGGCACCGUGCAGAGAACCGGCAAGUCCGGCAUGCUGCCGGCAAACUACGUGGAGUGUUGCAACUAAAGCGGAGAGGAAGACGAGUUUGUGAGAGAGAGGGCCUGAAAUUCACAGUUACAUCCACCUUCAGCGUUAUAAAAGCAGCUGGUGAUGUUCUUUGCAUUUCAGGGCUCAUUUACAUUUUCAGUGUUAUGGGAAACGAGAAAGACAGGUGAUAGAUUGUUAGACUGUUCUGGUCAAUUUUUAAAACAGGAAAUUAUGUUUAAAAAAAUAAGUUUAAUGGGUUUUAAUUAGACGUGAUGGAUUACAAAGCUGCAGCUUCUUUGAGAAUAAACACAUCUGCUCAACAGCCAAUCAAAGAGCAGUUUCUGCACUUAAAGGUGAAGGAAACUGACCAGGAUGCAGUACAGCGGAGCAGGGUGCGCUAUGAUUAAAGAGGGCUGUCUGAAUGCUUGGGGAAGCCUUUCCUGUAUCUGAUGGACACAGAUACGUCUAUCAGGUCCAUCGCUUAUUGGAAAAUACAUCUACUUCAGCUCCAUUCAGGCCUUUUCUACAGUAUCUCCAAAAUUAUUCUUCUUGUUAUGUAAAAUUAGCAUUUAUGUUAAAAAAAAAAGAAAUUUACAAAAAAUCUACACAAAAUAUUAUGAAGCACUGUCCAGAAAUAUGUGCAAAGUCAUGGAAAUCAAUUUCACUUUUUUUUGACACAGAUCUUAAAUUAUUACAUUGAACACAAAUCUGUAAACUCCUGGAGUUUCAUCCAUGUCCGUCCGAAAGCAGCUGCAGAAUCAGCAUCAGUAGUAACCUCGAGGCUCUGGUCACGUCUCAAAGUUACUGUAUAUGGUUUGAAACAGAGUGAAAGUGCGCCGAACGAAAGGUUUGGGAUCUGAGCUGGAAAUGAACCACAAGCAGCUUCAUGGUUCUUCUUUAGGUGGCACUGAAAUAUAUAUUUUUUAAUUUAGGCAUUAAAAGUUUAAGAAUCUAUUGGGCAGAACUGUCUGGUGUAAAAAAAAAUUAAUAGAUAGAUAAAAGAUAGAUAAACCUUUGUAGUUUUACACUGAGCGCUGCAAUGCACUGAACAUCAUGAGCCGGUGAUAUCAGGUAAUAAUUGACCUGAAGGGGAAUUUUCUUUUGAUGAGCGGUGGAUGAAGAGAAAAAAGCAGAUGGAGGGAUAAAUCUAGCAUGCUGUCAUGUUUUAUGAGAAUAUAGAAGUAGAGGAGCGAACGACAGAAGGAUGCAUGAAGAGAAGCAGUGAGAGAGACUAGAAACAAGUAACGUGUAACUUUUUAAUCACCUGUGACAAACUAGAAGAGGAAAUGAAGAAGGAAUGAGCAGGAUUAAUCUAGUUUAUAAUACAACAGGAAUUCAGACAAGACUCCUAAACUGCAGCUCUGGGUGUGGUCUGUGUUUUUAAUACUGCCAACAACGCCCAGGAAAAGACCACAAAGCCUCGUUUCAGCUCCACAUGUCGAUUAAUCCACAACAAAUUCACUGUAAUCUCACUACAUCCACAUAAAAGACUCAUAAAUGUUUCAUACUUCAAAUGAACAUGUGAUAAGCCGAAUCAAAGUUCUUGUUCAUUGUUGAAAACUGCUAAUUAGACUCAUAACUCAUGAUAUAAGUCACUGCUUGGCAAAUAAUCCUAACAGGCACUGCAGUCAGCUCACAUCGACACGCUGCAGAGGAGAUGCUCCUUAAACAUAAAGGCAAACAAAUCUGAGAAAGGUUCUUACUCGGGUCAUUCUUUAAAUAUUCAGAUUACAUUUGUGACUUUUACCUACUAUGAAAUGUUUCCGUUCUACAGUUUGCAUUUUUAAUUUGCAUUUUUUUCCAAAAUGUUUUAAGUUUAAAAGACUUUAAAUAGCAGAACAAACUAAAAAAAGAUUAAGUUGAUUAUUCCACCCUCACAAGACAAAAUCCCAGAUAAACAAAAACAGAUCAAUAAAAAAGUCCAGCAGGUCCAACAGUGGCUGCUCCAUCGGCAGGUUUCUCCACCCUCAACCAAAUUUCCUCUCAUCAGACGCUCUGAUCAAACUCACUCACUACAGAGUGGAUCUGAUGGAUUUCCUGUUCUUAUUGAAUUCGUGUUCAGAUGUGAGAAAGACAGUUUUAGUUUUUAUUCUUUAAAAUAAAAGGAAAAUGCUGCCUACAGCUUCCCCCGUAUUCAGAAGGCUCCCCACAGCAGGUAGCGGGUUUGUUUGGAGGGUUUUCCUGGUUCUGUGUCUGUGGCUGGAGUUGAACUGGGGAUCGUUUUAACUGCUUCACUCUGGCACCACCAGAAUAAAGAAUACAAAUGAAAACUGAAUUCAAAUGUUGGCGUAAUGCAAAUUUGAUAUGAUGUCAACAAGUACAACGAGUUGUCCUGUUUUAGGACCAUUAUUAAGAUGCAUAGAAGAAUAAGUGCUGUAAGACCUCUUACAGUCAGCAGGUGCUCAUCAGGGAGCGACACCCAUGAAACAGACCCCCUAUUAUCUGCGCACUGAGGUCUGAGGGACCUCCCAGGACCUCCCUGACACUAUUUUCCACAUUCCAGAUAUCUCUUGAUCUCUAAUGUCGAACACGACCUGCUCCAGAGCAGGUCUGUGGUUCUGAAAAGCCAGGAUUAAACCAAAGUUACCUGGACGAGCCCAAAUACUGCUCUGUCAGCCAUCGAUGCCACUAAUGAAACAAAUAUGGUCACAUGCUGACACGUUUAUGUGAUCUGAAGGGAAUCCAGAAAGCACAGAGAGAUGAAUUGAGACACUGAUGGUUUUUGGUCUUUUUAUGGGUUUUGUUGGCAUUAAGAAAACGACAGAUUGUCAGCAGACUUUCAUUUGAAAGGAUGCAGAAAAAGAAGAAGAGGAGCAGGGAAUGAAAAUAAUUAGAUCUGUCUUCUCUGAGCCCGAGAAUGAAAAGGAAAGAAUGAAAAGUCAGAAAAUACUUUUUUCUUAGCAGUGAUGCAACCAAAAGGAAGGAGUGGGGCAGGCGAACAGGAACAAGGUUUAGAAACCUCGAGUUUGAGCAUUUAUUUAUCCCGGGUUUAAUUCAUGUUCAGGGGAGUGUGGUUUUGUUUUUGACUUCUGAUGUACAGUAACCUGUCGACAAACCACCGACAGAUCAUCGGUUUUAAACAGCAGCAGUAACCUCUGUGUUUGUAAAGGACUUAACUAACACACUGUGUCUUUCUGUUUCUCGUGUCAUGCUGUCUGAAUAUCUCUGCACACAGUAAAAGUUUAUAUUUCCUGAAAUCUGAAGAGACUGUUUAAGUACGUCGGACUGGAGAUUUCUGGACGUUGCAGACUAUUUUGAUACACGGGCUCCUGUCCACGUUUGGGAAAGUUAUAUUUUACUCUUGUGUGUAUCCAGUAAGUCGUGUUUUUGGGGUUUCUUGUCUUGCUGUGUGGAUUGCAUCCCAGUCAUGUACUGAAUAAAUCUUCACUCAGCCAUGAUUUGUCAUUCUAGCUGGAAACCAUUUUUGCAUUUUGUAUGUUUUAUUUCAUAAAAAUAGAUGCAAUAGAAUAUAAUUUACUGAAUAUUCAUGUGUUGAUUGUGUUAAGUUUUGAAGAGACGCUGUUUCUUUUGUUUUUGGUUCAUGCUUUGAUGAUUUUUUUGCUUCUAAUGUCACAGUUUUUUUCUUAUUUACUCAGUAUAUCAUCACAGAUUUUACUAAAUUUAUUUACAUAUUAUUUGAAAUUAUAGAUCAUUCAAUCUCGGCCUGUUUUGCCAUGUGAUAAUUGCAGUGUGUUCCAUAUGGGAGAAAUAAAAAACAAAUAAACAAUCAACAGAAAAGUUCAUCUUA